ACAGCAAAGCGGAGAGAGAUCUGAGCGUGUCCCGGAGCAGUCGGAAAACUCACGCUGAGAAGACCUGCAGCCAUCUCUGCUUCUGAAGGCGGGCCAUACAGGAGGGAGAGGAAAUCACAGGGGCUGAUAAGUAGGGUCCACUUUGUCUCCAUCUCUCUCUCCAUCAGCUCUCUCGUUCAGCAUGGAGCCCAACAGCCCUAAGAAAAUUCAGUUUGCCGUUCCGCUCUUCCAGAGCCAGUUGGAUCCCCAGGCGUCCGAGCAUAUUCGCAAACGCAGACCAACUCCAGCCACUUUGGUCAUCUACAAUGAGCCCAGUGCAUCAGGAGAUGACAAGCAGACUACAAGCAGUCAAACAGAAGCCCAGAGUGCCCAGCUGUCUCCAGCCCAGAGGAAACAGAGCGUCUACACGCCACCGACCAUGAGAGAGCUGCAGCUGGUGGUGGAGCAGCACUUUCAGAGGCAGGAGCAGCAGGAGCCGGGGCUCUCUGACAGCCCAGACACGCCCAGUCCAAUCACAGCACAGCAUUUUGCCAACGAAGCUCAGUGGGCCAAUCACAACAGCUCAGAGCCCAAUGGCAAUGAGACUUAUGUCAGUACUGAGGGGCAGCCAGGCAGCAGUGGGGCCGGGGGUAAGUCCAGAACAAAAACUGGGAAGCAGUGGUAAUAUCGUUGCUUUGAACAAUAUAUAGGUAGCUAGGAAAGUACAUGUAACAAUCCCUCACUUGUAAUAGAUAAAACAAAUACAAUAAACAGAUCAAAUAAAUCUGUGCAGAGAAUUA